AGGGAGGGGGCGAGUGUCUCCAUCAGCUGAUGAGCUUUCCACUCGGUUCAUCGCGCAGAAUUACCCGGGACGAAGCUGCGGGAGCGCACGGGCGGGGGCUGGCGGCGGAAUCCCGUGUGCUGCGGCCGAGGAGAGUGAUGGAGGAGCAUCAGGAGUCUGGGAAAGAGAGCAAGCCUUCCUGUGUAUCGGUGGAUCUGCAGGGAGACAGCUCCUUACAAGUGGAGAUCUCUGAUGCAGUGAGUGAGCGGGACAAGGUGAAAUUCACCGUUCAGACCAAGAGCUGCCUCCCUCACUUCGCCCAGACCGAGUUCUCUGUGGUCCGGCAGCAUGAAGAAUUCAUCUGGCUGCAUGAUGCCUACGUGGAAAACGAGGAGUACGCCGGUCUCAUCAUCCCCCCAGCUCCUCCAAAGCCAGAUUUUGAGGCUUCACGGGAGAAACUGCAGAAGCUGGGUGAAGGGGACAGCUCCAUCACUCGGGAAGAGUUUGCCAAAAUGAAGCAGGAGCUCGAAGCGGAGUACCUGGCUAUCUUUAAGAAGACAGUUGCGAUGCAUGAAGUCUUUCUGCAGCGCCUGGCGGCCCACCCCACCCUGCGCAGAGACCACAACUUCUUUGUCUUUCUGGAAUACGGACAGGAUCUCAGUGUCAGAGGAAAGAACAGGAAGGAGCUCCUGGGGGGGUUUCUGAGGAAUAUUGUGAAGUCUGCAGACGAAGCCCUCAUCACUGGCAUGUCAGGGCUCAAGGAGGUGGAUGACUUCUUUGAGCACGAGAGGACCUUUCUGCUGGAAUACCACACCCGUAUCCGUGACGCCUGCCUGCGGGCCGACCGCGUCAUGCACUCCCACAAGUGCCUGGCAGACGACUAUAUCCCUAUCUCGGCUGCACUGAGCAGUCUGGGAGCACAGGAAGUCAACCAGCUCAAGACGAGCUUCCUCAAGUUGGCAGAGCUCUUUGAGCGACUGAGGAAGCUAGAGGGCCGAGUAGCCUCUGAUGAGGACCUGAAGCUGUCAGACAUGCUGAGGUACUACAUGCGAGAUUCACAAGCAGCUAAGGACCUGCUGUACCGGCGGCUGAGGGCCCUCGCAGACUAUGAGAAUGCCAACAAGGCCCUGGACAAGGCGCGCACCAAGAACCGGGAGGUGCGGCCUGCAGAGAGCCACCAGCAGCUAUGCUGCCAACGCUUUGAACGCCUCUCCGAUUCGGCCAAGCAGGAGCUCAUGGACUUCAAGUCCCGCCGGGUCUCCUCUUUCCGCAAGAACCUCAUAGAGCUGGCAGAGUUGGAGCUCAAACAUGCCAAGGCCAGCACCUUGCUUCUCCGGAACACCCUUGUUGCCCUCAAGGGGGAGCCUUAGAACUGCCAGCCCCUGCUCUGGAACCUGCAGUGCCAAGGUCUCUCAGACCUCCCUCCUUAGCAGGAUGCCUCCUCCCCACCACAAAGGCUCCUGGCCAAGCCCUUACCUGUCCCACAUCCUCCCAGGGCAAGCCUGAGCCCCACUCCCUCCCAAAGGUGCAGAGCCCUGCAAGAGGAAGACCAGGGUAGCAUGGGACAUGUGGCCACAGAAAAGCUUAGCCCAGGGACCCCACCCUGCCCCUCUGUAAGAUUAUCUGCUCCCAGAGUAUUCUUCACAAAUAAAGAGCCUGGUUUUGUAGC